GUUUUCUUAUUUUCGAAAGUGUGGUUUUAGUGGAACAUUGUCGAGGACGUAGCGGUAUAGUAAACACUUCUCCUCUACCAUCCACAUUAGUAGGUUUUCACAAAAUACCUUUUCUUGUAGAAAGAAAGGAGUUUAAUUCUGUUAUUCAGAAAUAUUUUCAAGACAGAAUAAAUCAGAUUGUUUUACGGUUGCGAACCAUAAAAAGGGACUGGAAAGUUGAAGGUUAUAAUUUGGAAAGCGUAAACUCCAUACUUUAGAGAAAUAAGGCCUUUUGAGGAUUUGGAAAAUGAAUGCGGGAGAGUUUUUGGCUCAAACACUCUCGCCAGAUGCAAAUCUGCGUCUGAACGCAGAAAAGCAGCUGGAAAAUGCUGCCCGUACUGACUUUGCUCAGUACAUGCUUUUGCUCACUCAGGAACUAGCCAAUGAAAGCUCUGCUUCAUACAUUCGUAUGGCUGCUGGUUUGGCACUGAAGAAUUCGAUAACUGCACGGGAGACUGCUCGUAAAGUAGAAUAUGAACAAUUAUGGCAAUCACUACCCAUUGAAGUGAAACACCAAGUAAAAAUUGCUGCUUUACAAACAUUGGCCUCACCAGAGCAUCAGGCUGGUCAAUCUGCUGCUCAGCUAAUUGCAGCGAUCGCCGCUUAUGAAUUAGCACUCAACCAAUGGCCUGAUUUAAUGGUCACUUUGGUUGCCAACGUUGGAGAUGGUCAACCAUCUUCUCUCAAACAACACUCUUUACAAACUAUUGGCUACAUUUGCGAAGCUGUUCCUCCUGAGGUUUUGUCAAUUCAGUCGAACGCUAUUUUAACUGCAGUGGUUACUGGUGCUCGCAAGGAAGAGCCUGACGUUGUGGUUCGUCUAGCUGCCUUAGGUGCUUUAUAUGAUUCCCUUGAAUUUGUUCGUGAUAACUUCAACAAUGAAGCUGAACGUAACUAUAUCAUGCAAGUUGUUUGUGAGGCCACGCAAAGUCCGGAAGCCCCUGUUCAAACGGCUGCUUUUGGAUGUUUGGUUAAAAUUAUGCACCUUUACUACGAUUUGAUGCCCUUUUACAUGGAAAAGGCGCUUUUUGCCCUUACAACUCAAGGGAUGUAUAAUCCUAAUGAACAGGUUUCUUUGCAAGCUGUUGAGUUUUGGAGCACCGUUUGUGAAGAAGAAAUCGAAGUUAAUCUUGAAGUUCAAGAGGCGCAAGAACUCAAUGAAGAGCCUUCUAGAGAAAACCAUGAAUUUGCUAGAGCAGCAGCUGCUGAUAUUUUACCUGUUUUACUUGAGCUUCUUUGUAAGCAGGAUGAGGAUGCUGACGAAGACGACUGGAAUAUUUCUAUGGCGGCUGCUACUUGUUUGCAACUUUUUGCUCAGGUCGUCGGUGAUCUUCUUGUGAGUCCUGUAUUGGUUUUCGUCGAACAAAAUAUUCAGUCUCCUGAUUGGCACCAACGAGAAGCAGCUGUUAUGGCUUUUGGUUCUGUCCUUGAAGGCCCUAACGUUGUUAUGCUUACUCCUUUGGUUAAUCAGGCCUUGCCUGUUCUAAUUCACAUGAUGAAAGAUCCCGUAAUUUUUGUAAAAGAUACAACAGCCUGGGCUCUUGGACAAAUUUCGAAUUUUGUUGCCGAAGCUAUUAACCCUGAAGUCCAUCUUCCAGAACUUGUUUCCGCUCUUUUGACUGGUCUUACUGACAAUCCUCGUAUUGUCGCUAAUUGUUGCUGGGCUUUUAUGAACCUUGUAUGCCAUUUUGCUCCUGAGGAUAGUCAUCACUUGUCUUUAAUGACUCCUUAUUAUGAAGCUAUUAUUGCAGCUUUGCUUCACGUUACCGAUCAAAAAGGAAACGAAAGUAAUUCUCGAACUUCCGGUUACGAAACUUUAAGCACUUUCAUUAUUUUUAGUGCUGAUACUGUUUUGCCAAUCAUAGCCAAUGUUUUGACCGUAAUCAUGUCACGACUGGAAAUAUCCAUACAAAUGCAAAAUCAAAUCUUGGACAUUGAAGAACGCGCUAAUCACGAUGAGCUUCAGUCUAAUCUUUGUAACGUUCUUACUAGCAUAACUCGUCGCUUUGGACCUGACAUUAGAUCAACGUCUGACCAAAUUAUGACUUUAUUGCUACAAACUAUGCAAACCGCACCUAAGCAAUCAGUAGUGCAUGAGGAUGUACUAUUGGCCGUUGGUGCUAUGAUGAAUUCUUUAGAAGAGCAAUUUGAAGUAUACGUUUCUUCUUUCGCUCCCUAUCUAUCCGUUGCUUUGAGUAAUGAGCAAGAAUAUCAGUUGUGCUCAGUUGCUGUUGGUUUGGUUGGCGACUUGGCUCGUGCUCUUAACGCAAAAAUCCUACCGUAUUGUAAUGAAUUUAUGACUAUCUUGGUUCAGGAUCUACAAAGCUCUGUAUUAGACCGUAAUGUUAAGCCUGCUAUUCUUUCGUGUUUUAGUGACAUUGCGCUAGCAAUUGGUGCUGCUUUUGAAACCUAUUUGGAAGCCGUAAUGGUCCUUUUACAGCAAGCGUCGUCCGUUCAAGCCCCCCCUGGAGCUAGUUUCAGCAUGAUCGAUUAUGUAGAUGCUUUACGUUUGGGAAUUGUAGAGGCAUUUGUUGGUAUAACUCAAGCUGUUCGUACUGAUAAUCGUUUAGACUUAAUUCAGCCUUAUAUACAUAGCAUGUUUGCCUUGCUGCAUAUGAUCACCAAGGAUCGUGAGCGCACAGAAUCCUUAACUCGUGCAGCAUUGGGCUUAUUGGGAGACUUGGCAGAGUCAUUUUCCGGUGGUCAGUUGAAGGAAUAUUUUGCAGCAGACUGGAUAACGGAAUUGUUAAAUUCUGGAAAAACAAAAUUCUGCACUCAACAGACAAAGGAUAUUGCUCGUUGGGCUACAGAGCAAGUCAAACGUCAAGCUAGAUUUUAGUUAUGGAAAAUGAAUGCAACUGUUAUUAGGUUUAGAGGGAAAAAUAAAGAAACAUGGACACACAAAGUGGGAGUAAGAGAAAUGAAUGUUGAAAAGUGUACCAUAACUUUACAUGAAACGAAUCAGUUUUCAUUGCAAUCUUCAAUAUA